AUGGCGAGCACGGCGGGCAGGCCUGGAGAGUUCAAAAUUUUUGUGAAGGGCCUAUCCAGUGCUGCCAGCGAUGAGAGCUUGCGUCGAGCUUUCUCACGUUUUGGUCUCAUCGUCAGUACUCAUAUUCAACGAGACAGGUGGACGGGUCAUUCGCGUAACUUUGGGUUUGUUACUUUCAGGAACCAUGCGGAUGCAGAAAAGGCCCUGGAAUCCAUGAAU